AUUUCCCAUUGUAAACCUGACACUUCUUGUAAAGGUUGUCUCAGAGAGAGAGAGAGAGAGAGAACAGAGCUGUUUGUGAGAGAAGAGCGUGUAAGAGAGAAAAGCUCUGGUGGUUGAUUUGUGAGGGGAGGGAUAACCACAAGACUGUGAUGUGACACAGCAGUGUUGAGAGAGAGAGAGAGAGAGCACUGUGCAAACAGACAGUCACAAAGUGCACAGACAUCCAGCCUUGCAGCAAAAACACGAGAAAUUUAGGAAGGGAAAAAAAGGGGGAGCAGGACCUGGUGGAGGAGAUACGCUGCUACCUGUCUUCUUCUCUUAUCAGUGAAUGGGCUGUUAUAAGAACAGAAGGAAGCCUCCUUCCUCUCUGCAGCAGUAGAGAUGAUUCCGGGCAGCGUGGUGCUUGUUCAGCUGGGGCAGGGGGUUUAGCAGCCCAGCACUUCAGAAGAGGGACAGCAGAGACACAGGCACUGAGAAGGUCCCCUCACUCUGCUGACAUCAAAGGCACCCUGGCCAAGGCAGAGAGAUUUCUGGAUCGGUGAGACACAAGAUUUCAGCCCCCGGGAAACUCGUCGAGUGAUAUCUGGAGCUGAGUGUUUAUGUGCAGCCAUUGAGAUGAGAAGACAGUGAGCUCCUCAAUCCCACUGUUCCUCUUCUGACCCUGCCUGGCUCCAUCUAACCCUCUGCUGACCUCCCUCCCUCCUCCCCCCUGCCUGCAGUCAGGAUGAUGUCACUGUGCAGCCUGCACAGCACCAGCUCUCCCAGACACCAACGCAGAUAAUCUCUCCAACCUCACGAGCAGGACGAUGGGCGAUGGAACCUGGGUGGGCCUCAGCCCGGCAGAGUUCGAACAGCUGCAGCAAUACAGCGAGUAUUCCACAAAGCAGCUGAAGGAUGUGCUGAAGGAGUUUCAUGGGGACGGGGUUCUGUCCAAAUACAACCCGGCACAGAAGCAAGAUGUUCUCAGUCAACCAAUCGAUUACGAGGGAUUCCAGCUGUUCAUGAAGACAUACCUGGAGGAUGAUAUCCCAGAGGAGCUGUGUCAGCAUCUGUUCAUGUCCUUCAAAUGCAAAACCUGCCAGAGCUCUCCGGAGCAGCAUCGAUCCGGGGGCAAUGUGAUGGAGCCCCGGUCGAUUGACGCUGGCUUCUCUAUCCAGACUGAAGUUGCCUGUGCCCCUAUUACAGGCAUGAACGGGAAGAGUAUCCUGAGUGCAAUGGGGCACCACACUCCUGACCAGACUGCCACCACUGGGGGCGCUGCAUCCCCCUCCUCCUCCCGAUCUUCCUCCCAGAAGUCUGCAGGGGACAGCAAUACCCCCUGUGCCCACCCGAGGUCCCCCUGUUUACAGCAGUGUUCAGCAGGGGGAGGCCUGGCAGCAGCAUUAAGCUCCCUUGGACCUUCUAGGAUGUCUCCAGCCUCCCUGCUCAACCCCCAGUCUCCAGAGCGCAAGAUUGCAGAGAAGCAAACGAGCGCGCUGCUGAGGAAGAGCCAGUCUCCGCUGAAGGGGUCCCUCCUGCCACCACCCCAGGUGGUCUAUCUAAAGGACAUUGUCUGCUACCUGUCCCUGCUGGAGCGAGGCCGACCCCAGGACAAGCUGGAGUUCAUGUUCCGGCUGUAUGACGCUGAUGGGAACGGUCUACUUGACAGCUCGGAGCUCGACCGAAUCAUUAACCAGAUGGUCCAUGUGGCCGAAUACCUAGAGUGGGACUCCACUGAACUCCGACCGAUCCUGCAGGAGAUGAUGGAGGAGAUUGACUAUGACCGGGACGGGACAGUCACUCUGGAGGAAUGGAUCCGGGGGGGCAUGACCACCAUUCCUCUACUGGUGCUGUUGGGCAUGGAGACUAGCGUGCGUGAUGACGGGCAGCACAUGUGGAGACUGAAGCACUUCAACAAGCCGGCGUACUGUAACUACUGCCACAGCAUGCUGCUGGGGGUGCGCAAGCAGGGCCUGUGCUGCUUCUUCUGCAAGUACACAGUCCAUGAGAGGUGCGUGUCCAAAGACAUUGCCCCCUGCAUCAGCACGUACACCAAAUCCAGGAGACACGGCAGCACUAUGCAGCACAUCUGGGUGGAAGGAAACUCACCCACCAAGUGUAGCCGCUGCCGCAAGAGCAUCAAGUGCUACCAGGGGCUGACCGGACUGCACUGCGUCUGGUGCCAAAUCACUCUCCACAAUAAGUGUGCCUCCCACGUGAAGCCGGAGUGUGAUGGAGGUUCUCUCAGGGACCACACCCUGCUGCCCUCCUGUAUCUGCCCUGUGGUGCUGGACCGCCAGUCCAAUUUGAAGCGCAGUGAAGGUGAGUCUCCAUCCAGCACCAGCCCUGAUGACAGCAGCCAGAGCUUCAAAUUCCACACCACGGUGGACGGCCAGGGCCUGCAGAUCACUCCCCUGCGUGGAACACACCCGCUGCUGGUCCUGGUCAACCCCAAGAGUGGAGGCCGCCAAGGAGAGAGGGUCCUGCACAAGUUCCAGUAUCUCCUGAACCCCAGACAAGUGUAUAACCUGGACCGGGGCGGCCCCAUGUCAGGGUUGAAUUUUUUUCGAGAUGUUCCUGAUUUCCGUGUGCUGGUGUGCGGAGGAGACGGAACAGUGGGAUGGAUUUUGGACUGCAUUGACAAGGCAAACUUCUCCAAGCACCCUGCGGUGGCUGUGUUGCCUCUGGGCACUGGGAACGACCUGGCACGCUGCCUGCGCUGGGGGGGAGGCUACGAGGGGGGUAACCUGCAGAAGUUUCUCCGGGACAUUGAGAACAGCAUGGACGUGGUGCUGGAUCGCUGGAGCAUCGAUGUCAUCCCCAAUAACAAGGAGGAGAAGGGGGACCCCGUCCCCUACAGCAUCGUCAACAACUACUUCUCCAUCGGUGUGGACGCCUCCAUCGCGCACCAGUUUCACCUGAUGAGGGAGAAGCACCCCGAGAAAUUCAACAGCAGGGUGAAGAACAAGCUCUGGUACUUCGAGUUUGCGACGACCGAGACCUUCUCUGCCACCUGCAAGAAACUCAACGAGAGCGUGGAGGUGGAGUGUGAUGGGAUCAUCCUGGACCUCAGCAACACCUCCUUGGAGGGCAUCGCUGUCCUCAACAUUCCCAGCAUGCAUGGUGGCUCAAACCUGUGGGGAGAGACUAAGAAGAGGCGGAACUACAACCGCAUGAGCAAGAAAGUGCCGGAGAAAGCGCCGCUCAGCACAGUCACCGACGCCAAGGAGCUCAAGUUCUGCGUGCAGGACCUGAGUGACCAACUGCUGGAGGUGGUGGGUCUGGAGGGAGCCAUUGAGAUGGGGCAGAUCUACACAGGGCUGAAGAGCGCCGGACGCAGGCUGGCACAGUGCAGCAGCGUCACCAUCAGGACCUUGAAGCUGCUGCCCAUGCAGAUCGACGGGGAGCCCUGGAUGCAGACACCCAGCACGAUUAAAAUCACUCACAAGAACCAGGUGCCGAUGCUGCUCGGACCCCCACAGAAGACCCCCUUCUUCUUCCUGAAGCGGCGGAACCGCAGUCGGGAUUAGAGAGGGGGGCAGGGGGGGGGGGGGGCUAUAAGAGGUGCGUCUGGGACGAGUACAGCACCUCCUCCGGUCCCUCCCUCCUCAUCACCCUCUUGUUUCACUCAGCCGCUCUCCGUACUGACUCCUCAAUAUCUCCCAGGACAGACAGGACAGACACAAUCCCUUUAAAUCCACACACAGCUAAAGAGAAAGUGCAAACUGGCUGUGGUGCUUUCCGCUGUUGCUCGGUUCUAAACAGCUACUCCACAAUCAUUGAGGCAGAUGAAUACAUGCAGAAUGAAUGGGGAUGGACGCUUAAUCACCUGCUUACUUCAUUCUAUUGCAAAGGCAUCCCAUAGAGGCCGUGGCACUCCAUACUGUAUGCUAUCCGUUACCGGUCAUUGCAGAACAACAAGGUGGGCCCUUUGUUCUUCAUUUGUUUCUGCGAUGGUGACUGCCAAGACUAGUACACUGAUUCACCAUGGCAGAAACACAUUUUUCUGGGUGUAAAAGUCCUGCCCAGUCCUUUUCCAUUGGUGGGGAACGGUGUGCUACUGCACUUGUAGGACGUCAUGCUUUUUAAAAUCUUUUGCCUGGUUUUGAAGCGGGGUAAGCAUGUAAUCAUGGGGUCUGAGUG